GCAGGCACACCCCAGGCCUUCUCCAAGGAGGAGCCUCUCCUAUCUGGCAGAUGCAGGAGUUUUUUCUGCCUUGGGGUGCCUCGUCCAGUUUAUCCAACCUGAUUUUCAGCACUCCAGUUCUGCUUCUGGCCAGCCAAUUUGCGGAUUACAUUGUUGCCUUUCCGCCUGCAUUUUGCGCCCCCCCCCCAGCAGAGAAGAGGAGGGGCUCCUGAACACUGAGUUUGCAAAGGGCAUCCCACCCGAAGGGACUAGUGGUUGCGCUCUGCUCCUGAAGCAUGGCCACGCUUUCUCUUGUAGGCACAGAGGGAUAAUUUCAAGAGCCUUGGGGGCUGGUCCUCUAGGGGUAACUUUGUGGUCAGUGCUUGGCAGCAUAAGUGCUUCCUUGGCUGUGCUGCCUGCCCUUUACACAGAUUGUCAGUGAAUGAAGCUACUGCCCCUCUCUCCCCAGUUCCUUGCCCUGACACCUGAAAACCAGCUUGGUCCGACUUGUUUUCUGGUUUUGCAAUAGAUAGUUCAGGCUACGUAGUCCCAAAGAUAAAGAGCACCAAGGGGGGUGGGGCAUUGUUGGGAUUUAGUUAUGCCAGUUUCUGAGUUUUCGUGCACAGAGCUCUUCCUCAGGCACCCUGUAUAAUGAAGAAACAUUCCUUUUCCCACGUCAGCUAAACCUGGAGGAUUCUCCCCAGCCUUUUGCAUCUGUGAACUUUGGCAUGGGGGGGGGCAACCAUUCAGAGUGGAGCUCAGUGGGAUUACUUGGACUUUUCCUUCGGUAGCAGUUCUCUUUUUGAGACCUGGUGGUUGGGUCUUUCUUAACACCUGAGCAGACUGAACAGUGUCUGGGGGGGGGGAAUACAGCAAUGCUUUCUCUUAAGGCCAGACAAGGAAAUGCUUCUGAAGUGUUUCUUUGGCCAUCUCCAUAUUGAAGCUUGGCACACUUAUGUGAGUCAUUCAUAGACCACUGUUUGCUCCUGCCUUCUGUGGGUUAGAGGUGGAUUUGUGGACUGGGGAGGAGUGAAAGACUAGGAGGUCUGCUGACCUUAGAAUCUCUCUCAGCUUUGUGGAUCUGCCAUUCUUUCAGGGCAGGGGUGCAUUCCACUUCUUGCAGCUGUUGGGUCCAUUUUUUUUGCUUCUCCAUGAGAUGGGUGGAUUUGAUGGAGUUCAGGUUCUCUUUUCCUCGGAUAUCAUGCCCUUCUGGAAGCCAGCACAGAUCCUUUGUGAAUGAGGACUAUGGUAGAGCUGCAUGUCUGGAGUCAGCGCUGUUCCUUGAGCUCUUGUGACUGGCAGGCGUUUCACGUGUUGGUGUUUGCCAGCAAGCCCCAGUCCGAGGGGUGGGGUAAGGUGCUGUGGCAUGAGCUGGGAGAGGCUUAGCCUCUGUUUUGGUGCCUGGCACCAGCUUGGAUGCUGCUGCUUCUGGGAGGGGAUACCCAUAUCCAAUUAGGAAUCAGUCCUUGCGCAGCCCGACACUUGCCAAGCCAGAAAAACUUGUACUUUGUUCAGCACGCACCAAAGGGGCCCCUGAGCAAAGCGUGUGUGUCGGACAGGUUUGCAAGGGCAAGCCACAACAGUGUGGGAACGCUGGCGGCUUCUGGGCCUGUCCAGAAAUAAGAGGUGGGGAAAGCAUUGCAAAUUCUGGGCUUCAGAAGUUCCAGAGCGAAGAUCAUUGGAGUAAGCAGUGCUCAUCUGACUAACUUGUGUUAAUAUCCUUCAGGCACCCGUUUUUUUGCAGAUUUGACAAGGGCUUUUCUAACCAAGAUAAAACACCAUAUUUUUCUGGGAUCAGGGCCUAAUGAUGGAGUUUCUAGCCUUGAUGAAGUCUGAGUGGAGCGUUUAACUUACCCAGCUCUUGUCUGUUUCAAAUGGGACAGGUGUAUGAGACCUUUCUAGUCGUGCCUCUGCUACAGUAGCAGAAGAUAGUUUUGCUCCCUAAUUAUUCUUUUGUGGCUUUUAUCAUGGAAUAUCACAGGAGAAUUGCGUGUUUUUUAGAUUUGCUUUUUAUUAGUCCAGCAAAACUUUUUUUUUAGGGGAUGAUGCUGUUUUUACAGAAAAGGUUACUGCAGCAAACUGAAUAAAUUUAAAAAAUGCAGCAAACUGAGCAGCUGCUGAGAUGCAAAAGGACUUUAUAAUGAAGCAACUUUCAUGUCGGUAUAAUGUGACUGACAAUCUUUUGGUCAUCUGCUGUAUCAGACCUGUCAAAUAACCUUUUGCUUUGGGGCCACUUCUUGCAACAGUAUCUUAUUCCGUAAUGAUGAAUGGUUCCAGCGUGGCAAACACGACCACGACUGCCACCACCCCUGCAAAAUCCAAGGAGGACCAGGUAGUGAACGGGCAUGACGAGAAGGAGAACAACCCCUUUGCCGAGUACAUGUGGAUGGAGAACGAAGAGGACUUCAACCGGCAGGUGGAGGAGGAGCUUCAGGAGCAGGAAUUCCUCGACCGCUGUUUCCAGGAGAUGCUGGAUGAAGAGGACCAGGAUUGGUUCAUCCCGUCCCGUGACCUGCCCCAGGGCAUUGGGCAGCUUCAACAGCAGCUGAACGGGCUCUCGGUCAAUGACAACACCCACAGCCACGUAUCGGAAGACAUUUUGAGCAAAAGCACCUUAAACCCUGACGCCAAGGAGUUUGUCCCCGGAGUGAAGUACUGAACCUUCUUGCAAAGACAAUUUCUUUUUGCCCUGGGUGGGGGUGGGGGGUGGGGCAGCGGGACCCGCAAGCAGCAGUGGGGCAAAUAGACUCCUGGUGGGCAAAUCGGUGGGACUCUUUACGCUACUUCAUCCCUCUUUUUCUUGCUGCGUCGGGACACUUUGAGACAAACUGACGAGAAGGAAUGCCCACCACAGGACUCGACACAGAUCCAGACGGGUCACCUCCUUGGUUUUUCUUGGUUCCCCCCUUCACCUUUUCCUGUUUAACAGCAGUCAGCCUAGCCUGACCGUCAGCAGGGUCUCCUGCCCGCCCGCCCGCCUCCUCCUCCCCCCCACUGGGCAGCCCCUUCGCUGGGCAUGCUUGGACACUUUGCAGGCCCUGCUGCGUGGUGGGGAAAGGCCUCCCGGACGUCUCUCCUUGGUGGAAGUUCUCAAGCAGGGCAGGCCAGCCCUGCCGCCAGCCAGCCAGCCCGGUGCUUCUGCUUCUCCUCUUCUGUCUGGCUUUGGAGCACCUCCCUUCCUCUUGCCCUCUCUUGCAAUUCCAGCAGGCGGGGCUGCAGCUGGGUGGGCCUCAGCCUGCAAAGUGACCUCUCCAACCACCAAACCCCUGGGGGUCUUGAAGGCAGGGGAGCCUGAGGGCUUGGGGGAGUUGGCUCGAACCUCAUCCCCCACCAUUUGCAAGCACAUGGCCUCCCACUGAGGAGGCAGGGUGGUCCCAGGAUGUCCACAGAGUUUUUGAGGCACGAUGAACCAUUUCCUGGUCUUCUGCAUCACUGUUUUUCUCUCUCAGCUUUCCUAUCCUCCUCCUCCUCCCUGCUUCGGCCCCCAACUAAAAUAAUUGUAAUCAGGAACGACAGGGUACAUUUUCUCCACCUGGCAGCUGCUUGAUCCAAUGCAAACAAAGGACGCCUCUCUCCCUGAGGAGGGAGACUUUGGGCUCUUUGCCACUCCUGCCCAGGAGCCUUAGGCAGAGGGGGUUUCUGAUUCCGGCAGGUUUGUCUAUUUUCUCCAACUGAGCUCAGUUCCCGCGACAUCCUAGCUGCUGAGACGUUUGGGGAACUGCAGUUGGGCUCAUCUGCGGACCAGAAAAAACAGGUGGGCCACACCAGCCGAACGGGCCCUAAGCAGCUUGCAGAAAUCCAGGCACACCCAACAGCACAGAGGGAGCUUCUCCCCAUCCUCUGGGCUUCUGGGUUGUCCGGUAUCUGCCACCACCUUCAGCAAAAGACCCAAGACAAUACCAUGCUCUGCAUCUAACCUGGGAGAGCAGGGAAGGAGAGCUAGGCAGGAGCUUGGAAAACUUUCCUAUCUCACCCCACCCCUACUGCCAGGGGUCUUUUUAUCCAAGCUUUGUCUCUUUCCAGGGUUCCCCCAUGGAGGGAAAAUUGUGAGGGAAUAUUUUGGAGUUGCUGGGGGGAUUUUUACAGCAUGAGCACACCUAGCUUCAUCUGCAAAAAAAGGGGGGCAGUAGUUCUCCAUCAGCAUUGCCAGUUCAGCUAGCCCAGUUCAUGAGCUCCUUGGCUUAGCCCUCUUGCUUUCUUGGGGGCCAUGGGAAGAACACCCCUCUCAUGGCCUUGUGGGACAGCUGCAGUUCAGCCAGUCUGGAUCCAGGUCCCCAAAGCAAGCUGCCAGGAGACGGCGGGGCAGAGACCUUCACUGCCAAGGAGGGCAGCCAGCUUGCCCCCUUCCUCGCUGUUUAAAAUCUGGCUCCUGUUGAAUACAUAGGGUGCCCCCCACCAAGUCUGACUUUUUUUUUGCGGAGAGACUGACAGAAGGGAUCCAGCAGGGAGCCUGUCCUCUUGCAGUUGCAAGUGAAAAAGCAGCUUAACCGUGGAGCUAUAUGUACAUCAAGAUCCCUUCCCCAGAUUCUUUCCAUGGAUUCCCAAUUGCAAAGGCGUAUCAAGUGUCAAUCUACAUUGGAGCAGCUUGUCUUGCACAGCUACCUGACUUGUUGGAGCAUGAGCAGAGUUCUCCACUCCAAACUCUUUGAGGGGCAGAGGCCAGCCUGGCUUUCAAUGGUCACCUGUCCAUUUGCCUUAUCUGCCUGCAUUUGGCAUUUGUAGAGAAGGGCAGAGGCAGCUGGCUUUGCUCUUGGUCUUGGAGACUUUAAAAAAAAGGGAGAUGGGCAAGUUCUCCAUGAUCCAGAUUUCUUCAAAGCCACGUUUCAGGCUUGCUUAUUUAAAUAAUCAGCAGUAUAAUUGGACAGAGCAAUGUGUGGGGCCAUAUCCUCUCUUCCUCAUUCCCUCCCCCUUUGCUCUUCUCUCUCCCCCCCCCCCACUUGCAAUCUCUGGUUUCUUUCUGAGCAAGUCUUUGCAAUUAUGUUCUGUCCAUUUUUAAAACAAUGCAUUCUUAAAAUAAAUUGGUUUUGAGCUGGG